AUACCGGCGUGUUUGUUUCCUCCGGAGCAAAUAUCCCGUUGAAUCGUCUGAGGAUCUUGUGACGUGGUGAUUGGUCACUGAAAACUACUUAGCCGGCUAGUUAGCGGUAACUACAUUGUGAUCAAGCCGCCGGACGUCUGCUAUACGCAUUAACGAGUUUUAGUUUAUAUGGAAUAAAAAGUUUAUUCGGUUGUUUUACGGGAAUCAAACUAUUUGCUGCUGAUUUGUCUGAUCCUCAGGGCUGUGGGAUCGUAUCUGCUGUGACUGACUGACUGACCAGAACUCACACGGCGGCAGCAUGAAGCUCUACAGCCUCAGCAUCCACCAUAAAGGAGCGACCAAAGCCAACCUCCUUAAAUCGGCCUAUGACCUCUCCUCCUUCAGCUUCUUUCAGCGAUCCAGUGUUCAGGAGUUCAUGACCUUCACCAGUGCCUUGAUUGUUGAACGGACAUCACAAGGAACCCGUGCCUCUGUCAAAGAACAAGAGUACCUGUGCCAUGUGUAUGUAAGAAAUGACAACCUGAGCGCUGUAGUCAUUGCAGACACUGAAUACCCACAGAGAGUCUGUUUCACAUUGCUAGACAAGGUAUUAGAGGAGUUCUCCAGGCAAGUGGACAGUAUAGACUGGCCCUCUGGUAAUCCUGAAACUAUAAACUACAAAGCUCUGGAUGUUCACCUUUCUAAAUACCAGAACCCCAGGGAAGCAGAUGCAAUGACCAAAGUGCAGGCAGAGCUGGAUGAGACUAAGAUCAUUUUGCACAACACCAUGGAAAGUCUGUUGGAGAGAGGAGAGAAACUGGAUGAUCUUGUGGCAAAGUCAGAGCACCUGGGAAACCAGUCCAAAGCCUUCUAUAAGACUGCACGAAAACAGAACUCAUGCUGUGAAGUCAUGUGAUGCCGCUGCCUUGUCCUCGUGGACACGCCUCUCUCUGCCUUUCUGCUUUUCCUACAACUCCCAUCACGCACCAGCCACCAGCUCUCAACACAAAGGACAGAACAGACACUGUCUAAUCCGGGAUGGCGUGCCGUGGAUGAGAGCACAGAGGGUGGAAGGUGGUGGCCAGUCUUAAGUGUGACUUGUCCGGAUUGUGACUGAUGGGGGCUGAAGGAGUGAUGGGGUUUGGUCGGGGGAAAGAAGUAACAACAUUUGAUUUAUUUUUAACCUUUCAAAGGGUAAACAUCUGUGUGGUGUUUCAAUACCAGCUGCAAACAUAAUAGUGUGACGUUGUGUAUCGGUGAUGUGUUGUUGAAACGUCUUCAAACCAUUUAAUAUUAUUAAGAUUGAAUCAAAACUUGAUAGUUUGAUUUCAGCUCUUAAAAUUCUCAAGAGUAUUAACCACAAUUAUACUUCUGCUUCAAGGCAA